AUGAGAUGGAAUAAGACGGAAUGGAAUGAGUUUAUUACCACUGAAGAAGGUUUUGAAAAAGAAAAUAGUGUAUUGCUUUUGAGCGUUGAAUGCGGUGGAGUUGGUGUUGGUGCAGGUUUCAAAAAAGAGAACGUUACUGUGGUUGUUGGUUUCAAUUUUGAUAGUGCGGUGGAGUUGGUGUUGUGCGGUGGAGUUGGUGUUGGUGCAGGUUUCAAAAAAGAGAACGUUACUGUGGUUGUUGGUUUCAAUUUUGAUAGUGCGGUGGAGUUGGUGUUGUGCGGUGGAGUUGGUGUUGGUGCAGGUUUCAAAAAAGAGAACGUUACUGAGAUUGUUGGUUUCAAUUUUGAUAGUGCGGUGGAGUUAGUGUUGUGCGGUGGAGUUGGUGUUGGUACAGGUUUCAAAAAAGAGAACGUUACUGUGGUUGUUGGUUUCAAUUUUGAUAGUGCGGUGGAGUUAGUGUUGUGCGGUGGAGUUGGUGUUGGUACAGGUUUCAAAAAAGAGAACGUUACUGUGGUUGUUGGUUUCAAUUUUGGUAGUGCGGUGGAGUUGGUGUUGUGCGGUGGAGUUGGUGUUGGUACAGGUUUCAAAAAAGAGAACGUUACUGUGGUUGUUGGUUUCAAUUUUGAUAGUGCGGUGGAGUUGGUGUUGUGCGGUGGAGUUGGUGUUGGUACAGGUUUCAAAAAAGAGAACGUUACUGUGGUUGUUGGUUUCAAUUUUUAA